GAUAACUAUGAAGAAAUAGAAAUCUCCGGUGUUGCGAAGCCAUUUUGGCUGAACAUUGCUCCCUGAUAUGCUUUCGUAAACCCUCAUCUCGUGCAAGUGGUCAAUGAGCCCUUCGUACUACUGAUCUCCCCUAAAUAAAGCCGUGAUUCGUUGCGAAAAUAUAUCAGACUGCGCGGGAAAGUAAGUGAGGCGAGGUUACGAAGCCUUGAUCAGAUAUUCUGCAAGCAUGUUUCGUCGACAAGGUUUCCUGCAGCUUAAACGAAUCGCCACACGAUGUGAAGGAGAAGUGCUUCGGAGAAGUGGAAAGUGUCUCAACAGUGUACAAUUGAUUGGUUAUACUGGAGGUGAUCCAGUGAAAGGAAGUACAGACUACCAGCCAACUAAGUUUAGCUUAGCAACAACUCAAUAUUAUACAUCUAGAGAAGAAAAAUUGGAGAGUAGAACACAGUGGCAUAACAUAACAGUUUUCAGACCCCGAUUACAAGAUACAGUGAACAGCUAUGUGAGAAAGGGGUAAUAUUAUCAUUCUGUCUCAACCCAUGACAGUGGAUGAAGAGCCUGGCUAUGGAAGCUAUCAGUAAUAAUCAGUAUUCAUUUGUGUCAAAUUGUUGUAAAUGUUUGUAAACAGAAGUCUUAGGCAGGCAAACUGACUCAGUCAUAGAAUGUUUCUGAAGGCCACCUCCAAUUUCAUAGCUGUAGAUGUUGUGUUGCAUUGUUUGGAUAUCUUUGAUAUAUUAAGGCUACUCUUAGGAGUCGAAGAGUUAAUCAGUGGUAUGUAACUUAAUCGUAAUUAUUAAAGCUAACCUACCUAGAACUAUUUACUGGACGAACAAGAUUCCAAAAAUUUCGGAACUGAAACAUUAAUGGUUUCUAUGAAGGAUUAAAAAGGUCACUGGAAGUAUUCAGCCACGAAGAGAGCACAUAAAAUUUGGCUCCAAAAGACGAUUAGGUGACGAUCUCCAAUUUCUUAAAAUGAACAGAACCACGCAAUAAAACUGUUAACAGAAUUUUACCAGGGCUCGGAUCAGUAAUGGUGUGAACCUUUUAGAAGACAAUGCAGCCUUUUCCUAAAGAAGACAUUAUUCACUUUGACGACUGAAUCCUUAGAAUAUCGCAACAAGAUGGGAAGAAUGGAGGGUGAGAUGGCAGGAAAAAGCGAUUCCAGGAAUACACAUCCAACUCGACUGGCACAUGUUUACUCAAUGAUAACACUCCCGACUGAAAAAAAAUAUUAUUGCACAGCUGUAGACUUUCAGCAAUAAAUUUUUACUUAAACGG